CUUUGAACUUUGGAGGUCUCUGCCAGCAUGCUUCAUGUGCUGCUUUAUAAACUUGAUGCAUUGUAUUGCAAGAGGAAAAGUCUCUUUCUGAUGCUUUUUUUUUUUUUUUUUAAAUUUUUUUAAAAUAGUUUUGGAGAACUAUUAAUGAUUAUCUUCCUCGUAUUACAGAUCAGAACUAUGCAAGCCAUGCAAAAGCCUGGUGUGAUAAUUAAUUUGGGGUCUUCUGCCGGACUUUAUCCUUCAACUAAGGACCCUAUAUACAGUAGCUCCAAAGCUGGUGUUGUGUUGUUUACUAGAUCACUAGCUCCAUACAAACGUCAAGGAAUACGUGUCAAUGUGCUUUGCCCAGAGCCUCCUCUAGCUGUAGCAAAUUCUGUGAAGAUGGAAGAUGACAAGUUGUAAUCAUAUUUCCUUUUCUCCAACCCUUUUUUUCGGCUUUUCUCUAACUUGUUGAUUGAAUAGCUUUAGAUAGAGAAAUGCAUCUGGCAUCUUUUUUGUUUAGUUUCUUCUGGAGUUUUAUUUCAGGCAUGAGAGCUAAACUGGAAAUAUAAAAUUGCUCAUCUCUUUUCUUUGAUUUUUUGGUUAAUAUCUCUUAUGGGAAGUGGUUAAUGGUUUUUGACUUAAGCAGUCCUUCAGCAUCUUUAAGAGCAAUUUCUUCAGGGUAGUUAAUGAUGCCCAGAGAGCUUGAGAAGUUAGAUUAUUAUUAUUAUUUUUUUUUAAGGAGAAUGGUUAGCUUCAUUCCUCCAUAGGAGUCUUCCUUUUUUCUUUUUCUUUUUUUUUUUCAUUUCAUGUGUGCUGAAUUAGUAAUAUUGUGUUCUUUUUUGAAGUUUCAUCCUAUCUCCUGUUCUGUUUUCCUUCUUUGGUAUUGAAAAAUUAUGUGUUCACACAAUGAAAAAGAAAUAAAAGGAGGUCUAUGUC